AUGCUUGGUCUGACGAGCUUCAUGCUUGAGUGCGGAGGAAACCCCAUCGGCCUCACCCAAUCCGAACCGUGUCAGCCUGAAUACCAAAAGUCUCGAGUCCUCGAGCAUGGCCUCAGGUUCCGUGGAGUGCUCACGAUUGAGAAACUCGAGUGGCUGCAGCCACUGGCAAUCAAACGCCUCAACAAGGACAUUCAUCUGCGCCAUUCGGGCUCCCGUAUCAAAGAGGGCAGGAGACCGCCCCGCGACUCUGAGACUCCUCCUCUGGAGCACCUGUACUUGCGGCCUGCAGCCAAACGAAGAAUCAAAGUCACGAUACAGGGGGAAAAGCUCUUCCCCUUCGUCUAUCUCAAAGAAAAGGACGUAUUAAAUGGGCUAUUCAUGAUGUCUGUGGAUAGGCGUUAUGAGAUAGUCUCCAUGGACGUGAGCACAUAUACUGACAGUCGCAAGUACUUCGGGCGUUACCGCACGCUCAGGAUCCUGGAAGACGUAGUCAAGAUUGACAGAAGCAUCCAGCGCGCUCGCGGUGAGCCAGAGACACCCAGGGAUGAGCGCACCCCAGAGUGGUUCUCCGAUAUGUACCUGAAGCACCUGGCGAACCCGGUCAUGGCACGGCAGCGCCGGAUUGUCUGGACCCCAGACGACUCGGACAUCGAAGAAGGUACGGAGGGGAAGAUGAAGAACGGGCGCGAACAUGUGCUGCGGCACGUCCCCGGCGUGGAAGUGCGCUCGCUGCUGGCGAUGCAUGCGGUAUGGAUCCGUAACGAUCAGAGCAACAGGACGUCGAACAGGGUCGUGGAUCUGGAUGUGUGGGCCGCAUGGGUGCGCAGAUCACAGAUGAUCCGAAUCGACGCGUGGAAGAAUGGUGUCAAAUGGGGCUGGUUCGACGAGGAGGAUGCUAACGGACCGCUGAGCGAAGGCGAACUUGAGGACGUCGAGCCAGUGAUGAAACGACGCUCAAAGAAGAAAACGAAGCCAAAGGCUCCCCAACGACAAGCUCGAGCAUCAGCGUCUACCUCGCGCGCUCCUGUGCGCAUCGAGCGACCCCUCUUUUAUCCGGAGGAAGACGAGGCGGUGGAACAAGGCAACGUCUACGACCCGGACUUCUCUCCCCCAUCCUCUGCGCCCGCUUCUGAUUGGGACUCCGACGACUCGCGCCCAUCCCGCCCCUUGACGCCCCUCGACCCCGAGAUCGCCAAGGUUGUCCCCGCCGCUAUCUUCUACCAACCCAUGCUGCCUGAUGCGUCCUUCAUUUGGCUGUGCCCCGUGGAGGACUGCGACUAUAGACUGUCCCUCCUUGAAUUGAACGAAGAGCAUUAUGGCCACCUUACCCGGGAAUGCGUGCGAUCUUUCAAGAAGGGCCGGUGGCAGUUGAGCGAACAGUGGGUGCAGCGCGCGUUCAUGCAGCUUGUCUCAAAGCACUAUGAGGAUCACUUGGAAAGAGUAGGAGUCAUCAUGCACGAGCGCGGCAAACAGACACGUCUAGAGUGGAAGAGCCCCAAACAUCACCCCCCUCCGCUUGUAAGGAGCCGGCGGCCUAUACUGCGACCUGAUUCAGACGAAGAAGUCAAGGUCGAGCAACCUGACUAGGUGAAGCAUGCUUAUGGAUGCUUUCCGAAUCUUGGCACAUCCACACACAACUGU